AUGUCUACUAGAGAAUUAGAAGAAGCAUCCGCUGUUGAUCCAGAGUUAUCUAAUUUGAGAAAGUGUUACAGAGAGAACAAAUGGAACAAUCUGCAAAACAAAAGGUAUUUGCUGAUAAAGAAUGAGAUAUCAGUCAUCGGAAAACUUGUACUAAGAGGAACAAGAAUCAUCAUCCCUGAGAGCUUGAGAGAAAAAGUACUCCAGAUUGCUCAUGAAGGACACCCAGGAAUAGUAACUAUGAAGCGUCGGCUGAGAACAAAGGUAUGGUGGCCUGGCCUGGACAAAGGGGUUGAGGAGGCAUGCAAGACAUGUCAUCCAUGCCAAGUAGUUGGAGCUCCUAACCCACCGGAACCGGCCAAGAUAACAGAGCUACCCAAUGGACCAUGGCAAUACUUAGCAAUAGAUCUCAUGACACCUUGUUUGCCAUCAGGUGAUCAUGUAUUUGCUGUAGUGGACUACUAUAGUCGAUAUAUAGAGAUACAACUAAUGAAAUCGACGACAACAGACAAGAUAAUUGCCAGUCUCAAGCGAAUGUUCCUAACGCAUGGACUACCCAUAAGUAUUACAACAGACAACGGUCCACARUUUAUCAGCGACGGAUUCAGGAAGUUCAUGGAAAAUGAAGGAAUUCAUCAUCGCCACACUACACCGCUAUGGCCGCAAGCCAACGGAGAAAUAGAGCGUCAGAACCGUUCCUUAYUAAAGCGCAUCAGRAUUGCACAAAUAGAGAAYAAAGACUGGAAAGAGGAACUAGGUGCCUACCUUACCAUGUACAGGACCACACCCCACAGUACAACAGGUGUUAGUCCCGCAGAACUACUAUUUGGUCGCAAAUUGCGCACCCGUCUACCUGGACUUGAGGAGAAUACAGUGGAGGACCUGGWAGUCAAAGACAGAGACAGCGAAGCAAAGGARARAGGGAAGCUYUACAUCGACAAGAAGCGUCAAGCUAAGACAAGCGACAUCAAAGAAGGAGACUCAGUCCUGCUAAAGCAGAAAUCUCUCAACAAGAUGACUCCGCCAUUUGAUCCACAGCCAUAUCAAGUGGUUUCCAAAGCUGGAAGUAGUGUUACCGUUCAGUCRCCGAGUGGAGCACAGUAUAAGAGAAAUUCGUCACAUGUAAAGAUCUUCAACGAACCAAAGUCACUKGAACAAAACAAGGAGGAKGAACGUAACUGUGAUGAAAURCCYGAGACACAAUCUGAAAGCAAAGUAGAUCAUUAUGCACAUGAUSAACAUUCUACACCAAGUCARACYAGCUCAAUUGAAAAUGCUACACCUARUGAGUCGGWARCMAACGAGUCAAUUGCUCAGAGCAACAUUAAAGAUACUGUGAUUGUUCGACCUACAAGACUGCGAAAAACACCAACAAGAUUUAGAGACUNCAUUGGUGUCUUGGUUGUCAUUCUAGUAUUGGUGUCUUGGUUGUCAUUCUAG